CACAGGAUAGAAAGAAAACAGGAAUCUCUGGAGUUUUGCAGCGGACUGUAUUCAGUGUAAAAUAGAGAUGGAGUUAUCUAAAUGUACUAUUGCGGUGUCGUGUUCGUUUGUAGCAUGGACUAUUACAUUAAUGAACUGCUUGGUUUCUCCAGCGGACAUGAGUGGCGAUGGUGCAGUAAAGCUACCAGCAGCAGUCAUUCCUGUAUCAAUGACGAAUAAUUUGGAGUUUUUCUACUCUCUCAGUCUUUCGUCUUUUCCAGAGGACUUGGAAGUAAACGAGUAUUGUGUUGAACUGCUUCGCAUUUACGGCCAGCGCUACGUGACUUUCGCCAACUGUCUGGUGUUUUAUGCACGACCUGUCAAAGUCUGUCAGAACUGUUACACUGGCUUCAAAGGUCUGAAGGAGAUAUAUGGAAAUAUAUCAUCAGGACAAGGCCCUGGAAAUGUCAGUUGCCAUGACAGCCUGACGCGUUCUGAUAGGUUGAUGCUGCUCUAUACCCUCUACAGCAAUUUAGAAGACAUCUGGACAUCAGCAGAAUGUGAUCAAUGUCUGACUGAACAUGAAGAGGCUCUCACCAAUGACACUCGGUACUUCAUGGCUACUUUGAAUCAGUCACUCAGCUGUUUUGAGCAACAUCUGAACAACCACUCUGAACUGUGCAAGGACUGCAAAGCCCGAUACAAAAGGUUGAAUGAGCUCUAUGGUAAAAUGGAGAAAAACCAAACCCUCUGCAUUGAUAUAGAAGACGCUAUGAACAUAACGCGGAAGUUGUGGAGUAAAAACUACGGUUGCUCGUUCCCUCGUGAGGAGACGGUGCCUGUCAUCGCAGUGUCCAGCUUCAUGCUCUUCCUGCCCAUCAUCUUCUACUUAAGCAGCUUCCUGCACUCAGAACAAAAGAAACGCAAGCUCAUACACCCCAAAAGAGCCAAGUCCAGCAGCAGCCUAAUGAAUAUCCAAGACAAAUUCAGCUGAGCGGAGAGGGGAAAAGAGCUUCACCUCUCCUGCUAAACCCACAGGCACUAACAGCAUGGAUGGAGGAGGUUUAUGUCUUCUGCUGGACCUCAAACACAUCCUGGAUCAAAUAGUUCAUGAUCACAUUCUGUCAUUUGGUGUCGUUUGGUCUUGCACUAUUUGUGAUUUGCACAGUUGAUUUAAAGUGAUGGUUCACUCUAAAAUGAAAAUUCUUAUUACAAACCUGUUUGAGUUUCAUUCUUCUGUUAAACUCAAAGGACGAUAUAAUGAAGAAUGUUUUUGGAAAGAAGAGCUUUUGACUUCCAUAGUAUGUUUUGUUUUUAUGUCAACUUUUUUCGAUAUAUCUUCCUUUGUGUUCAACUUAAGAAAGAAAUUCAUUUAGUUUAGAACCACUUGGGUGUGAGUAAAUGAUGAGGACAUUUUCAUUUUCGUGUGAACUAAAUUUGCCAAUUAUUUUUUGUUUGGUUUGUUUUUUUGCUUUGUGGCAAUUUUUUGUAAUACUUUAUAAUAACUACACACUAUGAAUCAUUUAUUAAGCAUAAGCAUAAAGUGGAUCCAUUAUUUAAGCAUUAAAUCUAAAUUAAUAAGCAAUUUAUAACUGCAGAUACAAAUACUUUGUUCUUGACUUAAAGCACAUUUAUAAUGUGCUCAAUGAUUGUACUUUUUAUAAUUUGUGACUGAUUGGUUUUUCAUGACUAAAUUAAGUAUUGCAUUAUUUACAAAUCAUUUGUAUUUAAGAGUAGUUCGGGGUUUUUAAGAUUAUUCAGAGUUAGUAAAUGAUUUAUAAAUAAUUCAAAUUAACGUUUAUAUAUCUUAUUAUUCAGGAAUAUAUUAAUAGUUCAUUUGUAUGUUACUAAAUGCUUUAUUAACUCAACUUCAUCCAGUUUUGUGACCUAACGUGAGCAAUAUUUAUGAUUUAUAAAUCCCUAAUAAAUGACAAUUAAAGGCUCAAUGAACAACAAUCUUUGCAAUCUUUUCUAAAAAAUAAAAUUACUGUAAAAAUUAAGCAUUGCUGAAUAACAGGAGUGUCAAAAUAUAACAUUAAAUCAGAUAAAACAACAACAAUAUAAUACUUUAACAAUGUAUUAUGAGACAGCAUUUCAAUGUUAUUAUAGCAAAGUUUAAACUGUACAGUAAUUUUAUUUUAGUUAAGAUUGCAAAUAUUUAAUUUUCAUUUGAUACAGUUUCAUUUGUGUAUUUUCAAAUGAACAGAAAUGAAUGAAGUCAUUUAUUUUCUUUUUUCCCUGUUUAGACCAGAACUGAGCCUUUAAUAGCCAUUUAUAAGGGAUUUAUAAAGCAUAAAUAGUCUUCACUUUAGGUCACAAAACUGGAUGAAGUUGAGUUAAUGAAGCAUUUAGUAACAUACAGAGUAACUAUUAGUUUAUGCCUGAAUAAUAAGAAUUAUAAAUGUUAAUUUGAAUAGAUUAUAAAUCAUUUACUAACUCAUUCUGAAUGAUCUUAAAAACCAGCAACUACUCUUAAAUAACUGGUUUGUAAUACCUAAUUUAGUAGUGAAAAAUGAAUCAUUAAGAAAGUAAGAAAACACAAUCAUUAAGCACAUUAUACAUGUGCUUAUAAAUCAAGAAUAGAGCAUUUGUAUCUGCAGUUAUAAACUUCUUCCUAACAUUUAUUAAUGUAGAGUUAAUGCUUAAUAGAUAAUGAAUUCACUAUUACCUAUUGCUUAAUAAAUUAUUUAUAGUGUGUAGUUGUUAUAAAGUAUUAUUGUUUUGUUGUUUUUCAGAGAUGAUUUAUGUUCAUUUCAAUAGUUAUAAAGGAUGUUGAAUAUAUAUUAUUGUAUUUAAGGUAUGGAAACUGCAAAAAUGCUUUUCUUACUUAGAUUUUGUCUCUUUUCUUGUCCAAAUAUAAAAAAAAUAAACAAAUCUUGAUUCAAGAAGCAUUUUCUAGACAAGUGAAAAAUAUUGUUUGUUUUUAAAAAUAAUAUGUCACGAUUACAUUUUUUUUCUUAAAACAAGCUAAAUAUUCUACCAGUUAGGAAAGUAAAAUAAUCUUGUUUUUGGUUUGAAAUAAGAUUAUUUUACUUGCCCCACAGGCAAAUUAUAGAGAAACCCAUUUUUUACUUCUGGAAUCAAAUAUAUAUUUUUUACUUGUCUAAAAAAUGCUGCUUCAUUUUACCAUUUUCAAAUAUUUGCACUAGAAACAAGACAAAAACUCUAAGAAAAACAUUUUUGCAGUGAAGGAGAACUGUCUUUUGCGUGAGACUGGUUAUGCUGCAUUUUUACUGCACUAAGAAAGCAUGUUACAUUUUAUACUCUCCAUUUCAUAGGUAAUAAUGAAUGUGUGUGCGCGCACAAACACACAAGCAUUACAUGGCACAGGUACCACUUCUGGAAGCACUCCAUGUGCAUUAGAGAAACAAGUUCUUGUGACAAAAACUUUAUUCAGGGUUAAAGGUGUAAGCAGUGAGUUGAAGAGAAAAGUAAAGGACGGAAGAGACUUCAUAAAGGUUUCUAGAUUUAUGUGCCUGUUAGAUUUACAGUGGCGUUUUAACAGUCUUCUCUAAUUUGUGGUUAAUUCAGAUGUUUGAUGAACACUGGAGUCUGUAAAGUGUUUGAAAACUGAUAAUGAUGAAUCAGAAGAAUCUUUUUAUUUACUCUUAUAUUCUUAUUUACAGGAAUUUUCUCCAUUGCUGAGACUUGAGUGUUAUUUAUUCAUAGGAUCGCUUUAGUUUGUUGCACAAAAAAAAUCCUUGUGAAACAGUUUCCAAUCCACUGGUUUCCUCAUACCUCUAUUAAAAUAUGUUAAUAGUGCUUAACUCCUAAAGCCUUCCUUGUUACGAUUGACAGGUUUGUUGUUUUCAGGGUUACAUGGACUUUCCUUGGAUUGCAAAGUGCCCGUUUCCCCAGUCAUUAGCAGCUAAUCUAAAUGUAGGAUAAAGUUACUUGGCCGAAUAAUCGUACCAACACAUCCGUUUAAGCUGCAUUGGCUUUUUGGUCUUAUGGAGCCGAGCCAUUGCCUAUCACACUGCCCGGUAAGCGCAUUUUGUUUGAUUUGUCCAAUCAUAUGAUCGUACAGAAAGAUAUGAGGAAAAAUAGCCUUUUCAUACCCAGCUCAUGAGUGCAAUGUCUAACAAGAAUGACAGCUUUUAUCCCUGCAAUGCUAUUAUCCGUUAAGCAUUGCUGAAAGUCAUUACUCCUGACCUGACUGCCAAAUGUAGCAACCAGGCGAAUUUUAUGGCCACGUGUCUGACGAAUUGACGCAAAAGCUGAAAUACCUUUUGAGAUGAAUGACCCAGGCCUUGCUUUACCUGACAAGAACCUUAGAGAGGGUAUAAGAUUAAGAUUAUCCCUCAUCACGUUUUGCCCUGGUAAGAAUCAGAGCAGUGACUUUGGACCUUAAGCAAUGAGCCCAUUAUGAAAUAUCUCUGAACUCAACAGGGGCUUAGAAAUCAGUGUAGCUGAUGAAAUUUGAACUCUUUCUUUCAAAGUUGCCAUUUGGAUUUUUGAUCUGCCAUUGGAAAUUCAAAAUAGUUUUUCUGUGUUGAUGAUUGCUUUGUAUGUGCUCUUGAGAAGAACUUGCGUACUAACACAAUGCUUGAUUGUGUCUGAACCUUUUAUAAGGCUGUAAUUUUAUUCUGAAUAAUAAAAACUCAUUCCAAAA